UUCUGGCCAGGGGCUUUGAAACUGACAAUGCUAAUCAUACAACUCCUGGGAUCCAUUUUUCUCAUCUCAUCACCUUCACCAUGCUCAGUCAAGCCGCAUGCAAAUGACGAGUUGCGGAGAUUUGUGAGAAAGCUGAACGCAGAUUUGCCGGGUCAAACUGUAUUUUGACCCACAGAGAAACCCAUAAGAACUGCACCCGAUGCUCCACUCUAUCUGGCUACGCGACCAUUGUGGCACCAUUCGUGCACAUGUUACUGAGCAAUGCGAUAGCCUCGCAAAGAAGUGCGAGAGCAUCUGUUGAGUUGUUUGAAGGCAUUCAUGAAUCUCUUUGGUUCAUAGAGUACUAGGCGAUGCAAAGAAUCUAAGGAGGUACAAGUACCAGUGAAGAAUUGAGGUUACUUCGAAAUAUCUCAUUGCGUACCAGUGAAUGCGAGCUUGGGCGUGAAUUUAGCCGAGUGCACCAGGUCAGAGGUGAAAACAAUUUGCAGCUCCAUUCGCUGCAGCUCACAGAAAUGAGUAUCGGCAAACUAAAGUGAGGUUUCCAUCGAGAUUGCCGAAGUGGUGGUGUUAAAUUUUUGUAUACGGUAUGGGCAAUUCGGGAACUGCUAUGCGCGUCGACUUCGACAGCUGCUUGAAAUAACAGAUCGUGGUUGAAUGUUCAUCGUGGUUACAGCAAAGGGAGCCGACAAAGUUUGGUGCUGUGAACACAGAUAGACAGAAACUAGUAUUUGGCAGAAAUCACGAUGUGCGAUGAAGGAAACAGAGAGUGACGAACGAGUAAGGCUGUAACUGCAGAGUUGCUAGUCAAGGUGGAGGGACACAAACCUAUUAGUUUCUGAGAGUGUUCAACGGAUACGAGGAAUGGUUAUGCAGGGCGAGCCUUUCGACGAGCUAUGUGCCAAGGGCAACACUUGUCCAUAUGUGCCAGUGCGAGUGAUGGCACAGGCAUCCUCAUUAGAGUCACUGGUAGGCGCGAGUACUGUGGUGAAGAAUGACCCAGCUGCCAGCAAACAGCGGCUGUGGUACAAUGUGUUCCACAAGCUGCAGGGAAGGGGGAAGAAGACUGGAGGUCUGGGUACUUACAGCGGCGUUCUCAUUCCUACAUGCGAAAAUAUGUGGGGUGUAUUGAUUUUUUUGCGGUUUUUCUACAUCGUGGGCAGUGCGGGGGUGUGGCAAACUUUCCUCAUAGUCUCCGUCUCCUUCCUCUGCGCCCUGCUCACCACGAUGUCGUUGAGUGCCAUUGCCACGAAUGGAAAAAUCGAGCAAGGAGGCACCUACAACCUUAUAUCACGAGCAUUGGGACCAAAACUUGGUGGAGCUGUGGGGCUACUGUACUAUGUUGGAGUAUCUCUACUCGCAGUUAUGGAGGGACUUGGUUCAGUAGAGAUGUUGGUGUUUACCUUUCCUCAACUUGACUUCGUAUCAUCUAAUCAAGUUAUGGGAGCGCUUGUCUUGCUCAUGCUGGGCUUGCUGGUAUUUUUUGGAAUCAAGUUUGUUUCCAAGCUGGGUUUUGUUUUCUUUGCCGUGGUGCUAUAUACCAUGGUUUCUUUCUAUUUAGGCUUGGGUUUAGCUCCCCAAAGAGCCCUCCCACCAUCUCUCACAGGUCUUUCCUGGACUACUUUCAAAGAGAAUUGGAGUCCUGAAUAUCCACCCGGAAAAUCUUUCUCCACUACUGUGGCUCUUUUUUUCCCAUGCUUCACUGGAAUCCUCAGCGGAGCCGAUCGAGCAACCCAUCUUCGACAACCAGAGAAGUCAAUUCCUCGAGGAACUUUGGGUGCUGUAGUCAUCAGUUUUGUCAUGUAUAUGUCCUACAUGGGAUUAUGGGCGGCAGUGGCAAAACGAGAUUAUCUUCUAGGAAACUUAGGUGGAGGAGAACACGCAAUCCUUGACAUUGUGAGAGAAAUUUCUUUUCCUUUAGCUAUUCUGACGGAAUUUGGCAUCGCCUUAACUGCCAUUGCCCAAGCUAUGCAGUGCAUCAUUAUCUCCCCACGCUUACUUCAGGCAAUUGCUGCAGAUGGAGUAGUCCCAUUUUUGGGAUCAUUCGCUCAUGUUUCAAAGAACGGGGAGCCUCGAAGGGCUUUGGUGGCCACCACGUUGCUUUGCAUCGUCUUUGCCAUGAUUGGGAGCUUGAAUGCUGUGGCUCCACUAGUCUCUAUUUGUUUCUUGACUUGUUACUCAGCCUUGAAUCUUUCUUGCCUCAUUCUCUCCCUCGUCAAUGCACCAAGUUGGAGGCCCAAAUGGAAGUACUGCCAUUGGUCUAGUGCGCUUGCAGGAUUUAUAGCCUGUGCAGCCAUGAAUUUUGUGAUUGUAUGGUAUUGGACAUUGGCUGCCAUGGUUUUCCUUCUCGUCAUGUACGUCUACAUUGACUAUCGCCAGGUUAAAGUGAAUUGGGGAACAGGUGUAGGAGGACUAUGCUUGCAAAUAGCAGUGCAGAGCAUUUUGUCAGUUGGAGAAGAGGCGCGACACACUGUGAAUUGGCGGCCUCAGCUCUUGUGCCUUGCCAUGCCUCGCUCUUCAUGGACCAACAAUGACCACUCAAACCACGAAUUGCUCUUCUUUACGUCCCAGCUCAAGAAGGGUCAAGGGCUAUGUGUGGUCACGGUAAUCCUUGAGGGAAAACUGGAGGAGGUGACGGCUCAAGCAUCAGCUGAAAAGAUAAAGCUAGAUAACCAAAUGGCUGAAGCAAAGGUAACUGGAUUUGGAAGAAUAUUGAUUGCACAAUCAUACCGCGCAGGCAAGACUUAUGCAGUUCAAUCAUCAGGUUUGGGGAGCCUGGAACCCAACACUCUAGUUCUGGGAUGGCCUACGAAGUGGCGAGAAGAGGGCCAUGGUGAUAACGCCGAGAUCUUGUUGGAGACACUGACAGAAUGCCGAGUAGUAGACAAGGCUGUUCUGUUGUGCAUGCACUUGGAUCGAUUCCCUGGGAAGGAAGACUUUCAUGAGGGCGUCAUUGAUAUCUGGUGGAUUGUGCACGAUGACGGACUGUUGUUGCUCGUGGCUCAUCUUUUGCAACAACACAAAAUUUGGCGCAAAUGUAAACUCCGGGUGUACACUGUGGCUGAGAAGCUAGAUAACCCCGAAUUGGUGAAGAGGAAUCUUGAAAACUUUUUGGACUUGAUUCGAAUCAAGGCUGAGGUUCGGGUUCUAGAGCUUGAUGAAUCAUGCUUGGCUCUCUACACAUUUGACUACAACAUCCGAAUGGAGGAAACCAGAGCUUAUGCUGAGGAAGUUUGUAAGUUCCGGAAGACAAUUGAAGACAGAGGAAGUGACAUUCCUGCGAAUUCUAAACAUUGGACUGAAACUGCCAAUCCUGGAGACAAAACUAUCGAAAAUCUUAAAUCCACGGAAAUAAGAUUGCCAAGAUUUCAGUUGAGUGAACCAAAACCCAUGUCCCAAACAACCAUUAAAGUAUGGAAUACACCCAACAAAAUAUCACAAUUGGCUAAUGGGGACGAGGGACACACUCUGGAUGUUGUGCGAGACAAUUUUUACCAUGGACUAGACACAGUCGAAAACGACAAGGAAAAGUCAGACCACGAUGAUAUAACGCACGGCUCAAGUCAGUUCUGCCCAGGCUCUCCUGCAGACAGUCCUGCAGUAUCCAUUGACAUGCCUGAGUCCAUGCAAAGGACAUGGGAAACAUUUAGCCAGAGCUGCUCUUCCAAGAAGCUUAACAACAUCAUUCUUGAGCAAUCUAAAGAUUCACAACUCAUUCUUAUCAAUCUGCCUGACCAUUACAAAGGUAUUCAACCGCACCGGUACAUGGAGUUCUGCGAGGAGCUUUGUGAGGGUUUGGGUAGGGUGCUCCUGGUUCACGGCAGCGGCACGGAGCUUUGGAGUGGCCAAGCUCAUCUCGGGCUUUAGAAAAAUUACUUGUAAAAACUUGUCUACUGUGAAAUGAUUUGAAUACCGACUACUUCUCGGAUGUAUCAGUAACGAAUUUGACAGUAAUGAAUUUGUGCGUAGCUCCAUGAUUGUGAGAUUGUCAUA